AUGGCCAAGACAGAGGAGUUCGAGACGGGCCAUCAUGACCGAGUCACCGUACUCAGCAUCAACUUCAACGGUACCAGGAUCCUCACCGCGUCCAUCGAUCACCGCAUCAAAGUAUGGGAUCGAAAUCCUAAAACCGGCGAGCGCAUGUUGACUGACACCUUCACUGCUCACGAUUCUGAUAUCAGGGAUGCCAAAUUCCUCCAUCCAACAACAGGAUCUCACAUUGCCACCAUUGGCAGUGACCUAAAGUUCCAUUUAUGGACCGAAGACAUGUCACAAGCACCGAACCGUGGCCGCCGUUUCCGUCGCAUCGCCACAAUCCCUUCAACGCCCCGAGUGCCCUUUGUUUCAAUGGACAUCAAGACAGUCGAUAAUGUCUACACCACCCUUGCACUCAUCGACCGUCAGGGCCUCUUGUCCAUCUACGAACCUACAAAUCCGGACGACUUCAAGGAAUGGACUCUGGUGGAUGUCUUCGACGUCUGCGGCUCUAACCCGCCCGGAAGAGGAGAGGAGACCAGCUUCAAGGUCCGUUGGGACCAGAAUCCAACCCCUCUAGCUUACGUGAACAGCCUCAGCGACGACCGCAACCAACUCAGCCUCGUAGUGUCAGUGCUCAACGAGGUGAAAAUCUACCGCUCUGUCGUUCCCAAUGGAGACGUAGGCGCAGGGAUUGCCAGCAAUGGUGCAAGUCACCGGAUCAUAUUCUACGAGGCAGCAAGAUUACCCCGGCACCCGUCCUUGGUACGAGACGUUCAGUGGGCCCCGUUCAGUGUCAGAGGCACGGACCGCAUCGCGACUGCGUGUAAAGACGGAGCGGUACGCAUCUUCGAACUCGGAGUUACAGAAGGCCCGAAUGAGAAUCUGAAUGGGCAGUCAGGGAACACAGAUCCAUCCUCCACAUCCUCCACGUCACGGAGUAUGCCCCCUUCACAAAGGCAGCAACAGCAAUCGAGCCUCACGUCCGCCAUCAUCGGUCGUGCUCAUCAGAUCUCUUCCAAUUCACCGGCUCUCUCUGCAUCGAUAUCUGCUCCUUCUCGAUCCGCCAGAACAGGCCACACCUUUCCCUUCUCGACCACUAUCCAGUCAUCGACGUUACUGUCGAACGCGCACUCCGAUGCAUGGUCGCUCUCUUUCGACGGACAGGGCCAAGUGCUCAUGAGCAACGGAUCAGAUGGAGUAACGAAGCUGUGGCGGAAGAGUGUGCUGGGUGGCCAGUGGUUGGUCUUUGCUGGGCAGGAAGUGUUGGACGCCGAUGAGGAGACGGAUGGGGAAGAUCGAGACGAGGACGGGGAGGGCGACAGCGAUUAA